AUGGCGCCCUCCGAGUUUAGCAUGCGUCUCCAGAGGGGAAUCACCGGAGGCUUUGCACCACCCACACCAGAUCUGAUCAUUAUGAUAGACGCCAGUAAUAACAAUUUAAGAAUAGCAAUUGCAAAACGCGAGGAUGGUACCCCAAAUUUAGCACCGCCAGCUUCAAACACGGUAGCGAUCGCGGACCAUGAGGCUGUCAUCGAUGAGCUGCAUGGUAUUUUAAAGGAAGUGCCUACGGAGCAACCUCCCGGUAGUGAGGAUAUCUACGGCCUGGACACAAGCAUCGCUUGGCAAAGCGAUGACCUGGAAUGGUGGAAUGGUGGGCCUCAAGGCUGCAGUGGUGGCCAAAGCUUUGUACAGGCGCAGGAUCAAGAUAAGAAGAAGUUCAAGAGGGCAGUUGAGAUUAUCAAGGAGAUCGCUGGUGAGAAAUAA